CAGGUUUGCGCUGUGGUCAAAGUCCUCAUUGGCUCUGACACAGAACAGGGUGUGACACCGACUGAGACUUUCACACCCUCACACACACACACACACACACACACACACUCUCUCUCUCUCUCACACACAAACACACACACAGAUCACGGCCGUCUGGAUUCACAUCUAUAACACAACAUGAGCACGCAGACCAAAACCGACAGCGGCAAGAAGAGAACCGUCCUGAAAGACAACAGCUGGAUCAGAAGAAACGCAGAGGAGGACGAGCCUGUCGAUUAUGAUCCUAACCCUGGUAAAGUAGUUCUGGGUCAGCGGAAAUCAGGGGAAAAUGUUGACAGCAAACCGCUGGAGGACGAUCAAACCUCAGCUAACUCUGGGACAUCCGUCAACUCCUUAACCAAGAGAUUCGGUGGCAGUCAGGAGCUGCUCAACAAAAGCAGCAGCGUGAACACUAAGAGCGGAGCCGCCUCCAUCACAUCGCCCUCCAAACCUCCGCUCCCUGUCAAGAAUCCGGCGCUCAAGACUCCCAACAGCUCCAGCUUCACAGCGAGGGUGUUCUCCGGAGCAAACACCAGCACCAAACCGUCCAGUCCUGUUAAACGAACGUUUGGUGAGAAGCUUCCGGAGGUCACAGCGUCUCAGAAUACGAACAGAAUUGAUAAGAGCAGCAGCAGCAACGGCGUGGCUCCAUCGACUCCUCCGUCGAGGUCUGUGACCGUCUCGUCGUCACCUGCUCCCGCAGCCACGUCCCCCAGUGUGAAGAGUCCAGUGAUCCAGCCGGCCGUGAAGAGCCCAAGCAGGAGUGAAAGCGUGUCCGUCUCGUCGCUGCGGUCCACGUCCUCAACACCGUCGACUCAAACCGUCAUCACAAACACCAAAACAUCCUCCUCGAUGCUGGAAGAGACUCCAAAACCUGCAGAGAAACCCUCAGUGGACCUGAAGCUCAGUGACAUCAGUUAUUCUUCAACUCGCUCUCCGUCGUCUCCAACGGCUGUGACCCUGAACACACGCUACAGCUAUCAGACUCCCAGCGCUCCGCUGGACGAUCUUGCUGACACUUUAUUGCCGACCCGCUCUGGAAGCAUUCAGUCACAACCUGUCCGAUCACAAACACAGGUCAAGACGGUUUAUACAGAGAUUCCCGCUUCAUCACCAACUCUGCGCUCGCCUCUGCAGACGCUGGAGUCCAGCAGAACACAGGUCAAGACGGUUUAUACAGAGAUUCCCGCUUCAUCACCGACUCUGCGCUCGCCUCUGCAGACGCUGGAGUCCAGCAGGACGGUCAGCAGUCGGGAUGUUUGUACGGUCUGUGGGAAACCCAUCGCUGGAUCAGAGAGGAUGAUUCUGGAAGAUCUGAGGAUCAUCAGCCACACGUCUUGCUUCAGGUGCUCAGUGUGUCGCUGUGAUCUCGGCGGUCUGGAGGCGGGAAAGUCUCUCUGGGUUUAUCGGGAGCGAGUGAACUGCGCAAACUGCUUCAGUAAAAUCAGAGGUCAGUGGUAUAUUUGAGACAAACGGCCAUCAAUCUACAUGGAGACACUGAAUAUUAAUAAAGACAAUAAUUCAACACAACUGAUCUUAUAAAUUACAGUUGAUUAAAAUGGCAUAUGGAUAUGAGGCAUGCUUUAUAUUAUAUUCCUGAGGAAAAUGUUUACAGGAUUUAUAUGGUAAUGCUUUCUUGAGGUUAUUAAUGGGCAAAGCUUUGAUAAUUCAUCAGAAUAUAUACUCAAAUAUGCAAAUGCAAUCUGUUCUUUCAAUUUCAUUUGAGGGUAGCUGAUAUUAAUGUUCAACUGUAAACAUGAUAUGCACAUAAUAAAACUAUAUUCUGAUUCUGA